UUGAAGAAGAAGGUGGCUCCCGGAAGGGGAGCGACAAACUGCUGUACCUCUGCCGUUCAGGAUCCCGGUUUCUUAUUUAUUCGUUACCCCUUUUCUUCUUUCUCCUUCCCGAAACCUCCUCCUCUCCUCCCUUCUUUUGUUUCCUUUUUGGGAGCCGACAACUCCCCGGAAAGGGAGAAAAGGCUUUCUUUCUGCCCUUCUCCUCCCCGCCUUUUCCCCUCCCCCUCCUUCCCCUCCCCCGGCCUUUUCCUCCCUACUCCGGGAGAUCUUUCCCGGUGGCCGCCCGGACGGGGUCUGAGCGCUUAGGCGGCGGUGGCGCAGGCUUUUUGUAGCGAGAUUUGCGCCUGCGCAGCGCGACUGCCUCGCCAUGCACGGGGGUGGCCCCCCCUCCGGGGACAGCGCAUGCCCGCUGCGCACCAUCAAGAGAGUGCAGUUCGGAGUCCUGAGUCCAGAUGAGUUGAAACGGAUGUCUGUGACAGAGGGUGGCAUCAAAUACCCAGAGACAACCGAGGGAGGUCGCCCCAAGCUUGGGGGACUCAUGGAUCCACGGCAGGGAGUUAUUGAGCGAACUGGCCGCUGCCAAACAUGUGCAGGUAACAUGACUGAGUGUCCUGGCCACUUUGGCCACAUCGAACUGGCCAAGCCUGUGUUUCAUGUGGGUUUCCUGGUGAAGACAAUGAAGGUUUUACGCUGUGUCUGCUUCUUCUGCUCCAAACUGCUCGUGGAUUCCAACAACCCAAAGAUUAAGGACAUCCUGGCCAAAUCUAAGGGGCAGCCCAAGAAACGGCUUACACACGUCUAUGACCUUUGCAAGGGCAAAAACAUCUGUGAAGGUGGAGAAGAAAUGGACAACAAGUUUGGAGUGGAGCAGCCUGAGGGGGAUGAGGAUCUGACCAAAGAGAAGGGCCAUGGUGGCUGUGGGCGGUACCAGCCACGGAUCCGGCGCUCUGGCCUGGAGCUGUAUGCUGAGUGGAAGCAUGUUAAUGAAGACUCUCAGGAGAAGAAGAUCUUGCUGAGUCCAGAGCGAGUCCAUGAAAUCUUCAAGCGCAUCUCAGAUGAGGAGUGUUUUGUUCUGGGCAUGGAGCCUCGCUACGCCCGGCCUGAGUGGAUGAUUGUCACGGUGUUGCCUGUGCCUCCUCUCUCCGUGCGUCCUGCUGUGGUGAUGCAGGGUUCUGCCCGCAACCAGGAUGAUCUGACUCACAAACUGGCUGACAUCGUGAAGAUCAAUAAUCAGCUGCGGCGAAAUGAGCAGAAUGGUGCGGCUGCCCAUGUCAUCGCAGAGGAUGUGAAGCUCCUCCAGUUCCAUGUGGCCACCAUGGUGGACAAUGAAUUGCCUGGCUUACCCCGUGCCAUGCAGAAGUCUGGCCGUCCCCUCAAGUCCUUGAAGCAACGGUUGAAGGGCAAGGAAGGACGGGUUCGAGGGAAUCUAAUGGGCAAACGAGUUGACUUCUCAGCCCGUACUGUCAUCACGCCCGACCCUAACCUAUCCAUCGACCAAGUUGGUGUGCCCCGCUCCAUUGCUGCCAACAUGACCUUUGCAGAGAUUGUCACUCCCUUCAACAUUGACAGACUUCAGGAAUUAGUACGCAGGGGAAACAGCCAGUAUCCAGGAGCAAAGUACAUCAUUCGAGACAACGGUGAUCGAAUUGACUUGCGUUUCCAUCCUAAACCCAGUGACCUGCACCUGCAGACUGGCUAUAAGGUGGAGCGGCACAUGUGUGACGGGGACAUCGUUAUCUUCAAUCGUCAGCCAACUUUGCACAAAAUGUCCAUGAUGGGGCAUCGAGUCCGCAUCCUCCCUUGGUCUACUUUUCGCUUGAAUCUUAGUGUGACAACACCAUACAAUGCAGACUUCGAUGGGGAUGAGAUGAAUUUGCACCUGCCACAGUCUCUGGAGACACGGGCAGAAAUCCAGGAGUUGGCCAUGGUGCCUCGAAUGAUUGUCACCCCCCAGAGCAAUCGACCUGUCAUGGGUAUUGUGCAAGACACGCUCACAGCAGUACGCAAAUUCACGAAGAGAGAUGUCUUCCUGGAGCGGGUAUGUGAUCCAAAUGGAAGCUUUGGUGGGCAAAAGGAUAAAAGGGUCUUAAAGUAUGAAAGAGCCAGGGAAGGAGAGCUAUACUUUGGAGUCAUUGCUGUUGUGGGGCAGCAGAACGUGGAGGGCAAACGGAUCCCGUUUGGAUUUAAGCAUCGGACUCUUCCUCACUUUAUCAAGGAUGAUUAUGGUCCUGAGAGUCGAGGCUUUGUAGAGAACUCAUACUUGGCUGGUCUCACACCCACUGAGUUCUUCUUCCAUGCCAUGGGAGGACGAGAAGGUCUCAUCGACACAGCCGUUAAGACUGCUGAGACUGGGUAUAUUCAGCGAAGGCUGAUAAAAUCCAUGGAGUCGGUGAUGGUGAAAUAUGACGCAACUGUGCGGAACUCCAUCAACCAAGUGGUUCAGCUGCGCUAUGGAGAAGACGGCCUCGCAGGCGAGAGCGUUGAGUUCCAGAAUCUGGCUACACUUAAACCUUCUAACAAAGCUUUUGAGAAGAAGUUCCGUUUUGAUUAUACCAAUGAGAGAGCCCUGCGGCGAACUCUACAGGAGGAUCUGGUAAAGGAUGUGCUGAGCAAUGCACACAUACAGAAUGAACUGGAACGGGAAUUUGAGCGGAUGCGUGAGGAUCGGGAAGUUCUCAGGGUCAUCUUCCCAACUGGUGACAGCAAGGUGGUCCUGCCCUGUAACCUCCUGCGUAUGAUCUGGAAUGCUCAGAAAAUCUUCCACAUCAACCCUCGGCUUCCCUCUGACCUGCACCCCAUCAAAGUGGUAGAGGGAGUCAAGGAAUUAAGCAAAAAGUUGGUCAUCGUGAACGGGGAUGAUCCACUAAGUCGGCAGGCGCAGGAGAAUGCCACGUUGCUCUUCAACAUCCACCUAAGAUCCACACUCUGCUCCAGACGCAUGGCUGAGGAGUUCCGGCUAAGUGGAGAGGCCUUUGACUGGCUGCUUGGGGAGAUAGAGUCCAAGUUCAACCAAGCCAUUGCCCAUCCUGGAGAAAUGGUGGGAGCUCUGGCUGCACAGUCCCUUGGAGAACCUGCCACUCAGAUGACUCUGAACACUUUUCACUAUGCUGGUGUGUCUGCCAAGAAUGUGACUCUGGGUGUUCCUCGACUUAAGGAGCUCAUCAAUAUUUCCAAGAAGCCAAAGACCCCUUCGCUCACUGUCUUCCUAUUAGGCCAAUCUGCUCGAGAUGCCGAGCGGGCCAAGGACAUUCUAUGCCGCUUGGAACAUACAACAUUAAGAAAAGUGACUGCCAACACAGCCAUCUAUUAUGACCCCAACCCCCAGAGCACAGUGGUAGCAGAGGAUCAGGAAUGGGUGAAUGUAUACUAUGAGAUGCCUGACUUUGAUGUGGCCCGAAUAUCCCCCUGGCUGCUACGGGUGGAGCUGGACCGAAAGCACAUGACUGAUCGGAAGCUCACUAUGGAGCAGAUAGCCGAAAAAAUCAAUGCAGGUUUUGGUGAUGAUUUGAAUUGCAUCUUCAAUGAUGAUAACGCAGAGAAGUUGGUCCUUCGUAUCCGCAUUAUGAACAGUGAUGAAAACAAGAUGCAGGAGGAAGAAGAGGUGGUGGAUAAGAUGGAUGAUGAUGUUUUCUUGCGGUGUAUUGAGUCCAACAUGCUGACAGAUAUGACCCUGCAGGGGAUCGAGCAGAUUAGCAAGGUGUACAUGCACUUACCUCAGACUGACAACAAGAAGAAGAUCAUUAUCACAGAAGAUGGAGAGUUCAAGGCCCUGCAAGAAUGGAUCUUGGAGACUGAUGGUGUGAGCUUGAUGCGGGUGCUGAGCGAGAAGGAUGUGGACCCUGUGCGCACCACGUCCAAUGAUAUCGUGGAGAUCUUCACGGUGCUGGGUAUUGAGGCUGUGCGGAAGGCUCUAGAGCGGGAACUGUACCAUGUCAUCUCCUUUGACGGUUCCUAUGUCAAUUAUCGGCAUUUGGCUCUCUUGUGUGACACCAUGACCUGUCGCGGCCACUUGAUGGCCAUCACUCGUCACGGAGUCAACCGCCAGGACACUGGACCGCUCAUGAAAUGCUCCUUUGAGGAAACGGUGGACGUGCUUAUGGAAGCAGCUGCCCAUGGGGAGAGUGACCCCAUGAAGGGAGUCUCUGAGAACAUCAUGCUAGGCCAGCUUGCUCCAGCUGGCACUGGGUGUUUUGACCUCCUGCUUGAUGCUGAGAAGUGCAAAUAUGGCAUGGAGAUCCCAACCAAUAUCCCUGGCCUAGGGGCUGCCGGACCUACUGGAAUGUUCUUUGGCUCUGCACCCAGUCCAAUGGGAGGAAUAUCUCCUGCAAUGACACCCUGGAACCAGGGUGCAACCCCAGCCUAUGGUGCCUGGUCCCCAAGUGUUGGGAGUGGGAUGACCCCAGGAGCAGCUGGCUUCUCGCCCAGUGCUGCAUCUGAUGCCAGUGGCUUCAGCCCAGGUUACUCUCCUGCAUGGUCUCCCACACCAGGCUCUCCAGGCUCCCCUGGACCCUCAAGUCCAUACAUCCCCUCCCCAGGCGGUGCUAUGUCUCCCAGCUACUCACCAACAUCACCUGCGUAUGAGCCACGCUCCCCUGGGGGCUAUACACCCCAGAGCCCCUCAUAUUCCCCUACUUCACCUUCCUACUCCCCAACCUCUCCAUCUUACUCUCCAACCAGUCCCAACUAUAGCCCUACUUCUCCUAGCUACUCGCCAACCUCUCCCAGCUACUCGCCAACCUCUCCUAGCUACUCCCCAACCUCUCCUAGUUACUCCCCAACCUCUCCUAGUUACUCCCCAACAUCUCCAAGCUAUUCACCAACAUCUCCCAGUUACUCGCCAACUUCUCCCAGCUACUCCCCAACAUCCCCAAGCUAUUCCCCAACAUCUCCCAGCUACUCACCAACAUCACCAAGCUAUUCUCCCACCUCGCCCAGUUACUCACCAACAUCUCCAAGCUAUUCUCCUACAUCUCCAAGCUACUCACCAACUUCUCCAAGUUACUCACCCACCAGCCCUAACUAUUCUCCAACUAGUCCCAAUUAUACCCCUACAUCGCCCAGCUACAGCCCAACAUCACCUAGCUACUCACCUACUAGUCCAAACUACACACCGACCAGCCCUAACUACAGCCCAACCUCUCCAAGCUAUUCCCCAACUUCACCCAGUUACUCCCCCACCUCACCAAGCUACUCUCCCUCCAGCCCACGGUACACACCACAGUCUCCAACCUACACACCAAGCUCUCCCAGCUACAGCCCCAGCUCUCCCAGCUACAGCCCUACUUCACCCAAGUAUACCCCAACUAGUCCUUCCUACAGUCCCAGCUCUCCAGAGUAUACCCCAACCUCUCCCAAAUACUCACCUACAAGCCCUAAAUAUUCACCUACUUCUCCCAAGUAUUCUCCUACAAGCCCUACUUACUCACCUACCACCCCAAAAUACUCGCCAACCUCUCCCACAUACUCACCGACUUCUCCAGUCUACACCCCAACCUCCCCCAAGUACUCACCAACUAGCCCCACCUACUCACCCACUUCCCCCAAGUACUCGCCCACCAGUCCCACCUACUCGCCCACCUCUCCCAAGGGCUCCACUUACUCGCCCACUUCCCCUGGCUACUCGCCCACUAGCCCCACCUAUAGCCUCACCAGCCCAGCCAUCAGCCCAGAUGACAGUGAUGAGGAAAACUGAGCAGGGCACAGCGGCAGCAGGUUAGGGUCAGACAACUCAGUGGCCUACAAAGUCACUUCCUUCAAGUUGUGACCCUAACCUGGUUCCCUUGUACAUAACUCCUUGUGACAGAAUCCUCUGAAGUUCUGGAUCCCACUUUUGCUGGGGCUUUUCCAUCUGUUCUUCUCUCAUCUGUCUUGGGACUCACUGAAGCUACAGGGUUUUGUUACCCCACUCUUCCAUGCCUGACUUCACAGUGAAGGUCUUUGCUUGUCUGUGACUUGAUUGGGAUUAAAGGCAUUUUAACAUCCUGCUUUGGGUCAUACAAAUGAUCUGGAAGAACAAAGCUUAAACUGCCUUUUGUCUGUUAUUUUUUUGGAAUUUAAAUAAAGUUUACUAAUUUUGACCAAAA